AUGCCGACUGAUUUCACCAAUCGCUUUUUGCUGCCAGGUUUUGCGAAUUCACAGAUCGAGGAGGUUCAGGCAUCGGUGGGGCACAUUCAUCUCAAUUGCCUGAGAGAGUCGCUCAAGUGCUCUGCACCCAAGAGACAGACCGGAGUGAUCUUGAGCAUUGCGAAUGGUGUCAGCUUGCAUCAUGUGGCACGAGAUGGCUUCAUGUCGCUUCAUAGCAUGAGAUGGCAGGUGGACCCUGUGCAGGGACCGCAGGUGGCAGUCGCCAUUGGGCUCAGCCUUGGUGUCAAUAGCACCUGGUGGCAAGAACCUGACGGAGCCCGCAGACGAAGAAAUCUGCAGAAGAUUUUGCACAAGACUUCUGCUCAGUUCUGCCAUCCGAAGUUGGAAAAGGACAAGAAGGUUCUUCAGUGGACCAUGGAUGAAAACCUUUGUGCUCGGCUCACACCGGAAGGCAAAAUCAACCUCCAUGACGGUGCGGAUUUGGCAGAAGCUCCUCUCAUGGAGCUCAAAGAGGGCUUCCAUGCGCGCUUGGCGCUCUUUGUCGCAGACCAGCGGGAUGAUUUGCAGCGGGUGGUAGGGCCAGCAGAGGUUUCAAUUUUGGAGUUUGGAGCUGAGCUUGAGCUGUUGAUGUCGCCUCAGCCACGGAACAAUCUGGACAUAUCUGGACAGGUGGCAGACUUGCUGUGGAAUUCGACUGGCAACUGCCUGAUUGCGCAUUGCCAGACGGAGGUGGACGAGACUGGGCAAAGUUAUUACGGAGGUUCUCGUCUUGCCUUCAUGUCACAGGGAGGAGAGGUAAAGAAAGAUAUCACAGACGAGGAGUGUCAGGGUGGCUGUGUCCAGGCCGUCUCCUGGAGCCCUACACGGGACGAGUUCAUUCUCAUCUCAGGAUUUCAGCCUGCGAAAGCUACCCUCUUCUCCUGGGACGACAGGACAAAGAAGCUGGCUGUAAAGAAGAUCCUGCUUGACAAGGCCCAUCGGAACACCAUUCGCUUCAACAGCUUUGGCUCCUUGGUCUGCCUCGCAGGCUUUGGCAACUUGGUCGUCACCUCAGAGGAGACAGGUCGCGAAGAUGACGAUUACGUCCAUGUUUCCAGCUGCACUGCCAACUGCACAGUCUCAGCAGAGUGGGCUCCCGACGGACGUCACUUUCUGACUGCUGUGCUGGCUCCCCGAAUGCGAGUUGACAAUGGGCUCAGCGUUUGGCACGCCCUUAGUGGUUCGAAGGUCUCCAAUACUCCAUUUGAGGAGCUUUUUGAUGUGCAGUGGCGACCGGAACCCAACAACAAACAUCCAGACGUCACGCAGGAGGAAAUUUCACAAGCCAGCAAGGAGGAUGCCAAGAAUGUGGUUGAGGCAGGCGCACAGAAGAAGCAGGCUUACAGACCACCCAAAGCCCGUGGCGAGAACACCAACACAGUUGCGCAAAUGAUGCGUGGAGAAGUGGCAGCACCAGAUGAUGACACAAACUCAGUUUUGUCAACAUGGGUCACUGGUUGGUGA